AUCUUCCAACUCAUCUCUGAUUGGAACUGACCACACAACAGAGUCUAUAAAAUGGUGACUUUCGUCGCAUGUUUUGCUAUCCCUCACCACCAUGGACGUAAGAAUAUAUACGUCCAUGCUCACCAACCACACAUUCCCUCUAUUUAAUGUAAUCUCGAUGGUUUAGGUAGUUAAAACCACUAGAUUUAUUUACAGGCGUGCCCGAGGGCCCGAGCAGAUCCGGCACCAAUAAUAAUUCACAUUUCACGAAGGUUUUGAACUGUGAAAAGGAACCUUUACGUUUUAUUCAUAUAUAUUCAUCUUUACACUCUCAGAGUAGUUAAGCAAAGUGUCGCAAGUGUGUGAUCGAUCGGUUGUACCUUGAAGGUCCGUUGAUUACGAUAAAGCGAUAUAUUUCAUUGGGGAAAUAUUAUAAAAUACAAAAUAAAGAGACACCUAAUUAAAUAUACAUCAUGGCUGAUUCUUCGUACGAAAAAGGACUCACGGAACUUGCAAAAAUGAAGGUGGCUGAUUUGAAAUUGGAAUUGAAACACCGAGGAUUACCUACAACUGGAAAUAAAAAUGAGCUUGUAGAAAGGCUUCAGCUAGCUAUACAGGGUGAUACAACUUUAUCAUUAGACGAAACUACGGAAGAGAUAUUGGACGAAGAUGCUGUACUUGGUGAUGAAGAAAUAGAAGAGCUGACAAGUAAACCAGAUUCUCAAGAUACUAAUACAGAGGAGAAACCAUCUACGGACGUAACGAGUCCAAAAAAAAUAAUUCUAAACCGAAAAUCAACCAUUGAAGAAGUGCAACUGACUGAAAAAACUGAAGAAGCACACUCUAACAAAUCAAAUGAUGCUCCAACUGAAAAGAAAGUUAUUAAGCUAUCAGAAGUUGGUAUUAAAGAGAGACUAGAAAUGAGAGCAAAGAAAUUUGGAAUGCCUCUUUCCGAAUCUGCCAAAAAAGAAGUACGAUCUGCUAGGUUUAAUACAAUCAAUCAAAACAAAUCAUCAGCUUCUAUAAAGACCCCGGUUAAUACAACUUAUGAUGUACUCAAAAAACGGGCAGAAAGAUUUGGAACGUCAGUUUCCUCAAUAAUGGAAAAGGCUGAAUUAGAAUCUAGAAUAGCAAAACGAAAAGCAAGAUUUGGAGAAGUGAAGCCUAUCGAGAAAGUACAUCCCAAUAAAGUGAGGAUAGUUAAAUGAUAUUCAGUUUUCUAUGCCAAGAGAGUGGUGUGAGCUGCAGAUGUUCCAAGCCUUUUCUCAAUAAAGCGAGUGUUUUUUAUUAAUACACUUCUUUGACCAACAUGAAAUUGACAACGAUGUAUUUAAAAUUUAAUCCAUUUAAAAUUGGACUCAAAUAAUCUCUGAGCCAUAAAUAUUAGUAAUAUUUAAUUGAAAUGUUCAAAAGAUAAAUAAUUCGCUAUGGUAUAUUGAGUCCACAGCAAAUGUAAGAAUCAUUACUUUACAUGGCUUAACGUUUCAACGUGAGCUUUUAGUUAUGAUGUAUUCUAUCAUAGGAUAUUUUUUCUCUUUAAUUUGUAUAAGAAAAGGUUUGAUAUGUUUAAACAAAAGGUGUUACCAAUUGUGUAUUAUUCUAAAAUUACCAUAAGUAAUUUUUCGGUAUCUAGACUUGCAUUAAUUUCUGACUACGGAAUCUUGACUCAUCAUGUUUUAUAAUUACGAUUUCAUUUGUUCAAGUUUGAUCACGUAAGCAUCUACUUUUUAUUGUAUUACUAUAAAACAUUCUUUAUAAAUAUAUGCCCUUGAUAUAAAACGAAUGAUACACAUUGAAGUUAUUAAAGCAAAUUAAACCACUUAA